AUGUCUGCAGAGCAGCCCCAGCCUGGGCCAGAGGGGCUGAAGGGCCAGACCCUGGGGCCAUGCAAGCACUACGGGGCCUCAGGGCAGUGUGCCCCCUGGAGCCUGCCCCGCUGGAGAGCGCGCGUGGCUGCCGCCGUUCUCUGCUACAUCAACCUCCUGAACUACAUGAACUGGUUCAUCAUCGCAGGAGUGCUGCUGGACGUGCAGAGGUCUUUUCAGCUCAGUGACAGCACCGCUGGUUUGCUUCAGACUGUCUUCAUCGGCUGCCUGCUAUUGUCUGCACCUGUGUUUGGCUACCUGGGUGAUCGACACAGCCGCAAGGCCACGCUGAUCUUCGGGGUCCUGCUGUGGUCAGGGGCUGGCCUCUCCAGCUCCUUCAUCCCCUGCCAGUACUCCUGGCUCUUCUUCCUGUCGCGGGGGGCCGUGGGCACCGGUGCGGCCAGCUACUCCACCAUCGCGCCCACUGUCCUGGGCGACCUGUUUGCGGGGGACCAGCGGACCCGAGUGCUGGCCAUCUUCUACAUCUUCAUCCCUGUCGGAAGUGGUCUGGGCUACGUGCUGGGGUCGGCUGUGGCGGAGCUGACCGGGAACUGGCAUUGGGCCCUCCGGAUCUUGCCAUGCCUGGAGGCGGUGGCCUUGAUCCUGCUUAUCCUGCUGGUUCCAGACCCACCCCGGGGAGCUGCUGAAGGGCAGGGGACAGUGGCCCCGGGGGGCCCGAGGAGCAGCUGGUGUGAGGAUGUCAGAUACCUGGGGAGAAACCGGAGCUUCGUGUGGUCGACCCUUGGGGUGACAGCCAUGGCCUUCGUGACAGGCGCCCUGGGCUUCUGGGCCCCCAAGUUUCUGUUCGAAGCCCGGGUGGUUCACGGGCUGCAGCUUCCCUGCCUCCAGGAGCCGUGUGGCAGCCAGGACAGCUUGAUCUUUGGGGCACUGACUGUCGUGACCGGCAUCACUGGGGUCGUCCUGGGGGCAGAGGCUUCGAGAAGGUACAAGAAAGUCAACGCGAGGGCUGAGCCCCUCAUCUGUGCCUCCAGCCUGCUUGCCACGGCCCCCUGCCUCUACCUGGCUCUCGUCCUGGCCCCGACCUCCCUGCUGGCCUCCUAUGUGUUCCUGGCCCUCGGGGAGCUGCUUCUGUCCUGCAACUGGGCGGUAGUCACGGACAUCCUGCUGUCCGUGGUGGUGCCCAGGUGCCGGGCGACAGCAGGGGCGCUGCAGAUCACAGUGGGCCACGUGCUGGGGGACGCCGGCAGCCCCUCCCUCACCGGACUCAUCUCCGGGGUCCUGCUUGCCCGACGCCCCGACUCCUACCUGCAGCGCCUCCUCAGCCUGCAACAGAGUUUCCUGUGCUGCGUCUUUGUCAUUGCCCUGGGUGGUGGCUGCUUCCUGCUGGCUGCGCAGCACCUGGAGGGAGACCAGACCCGGGCCCAGCAGCCUGGCACAGGGACCCAGGACCACAAGGACGUGGAGAGCCAACACCUGCUCUCUGGCACCAGUGCCUCCACAGAAGACCCCUGA